AUGUCCAACACAACACAAAAACCCCCGGGUAAUGAUGUACGAUUGAGUAAAAAACUAUCAUGGUUACUGAGGCAUGGCUUGAAAAAAGAAGGGUUCCAGAUACAACCGGAUGGCUUCAUUAAGGUCGAUGAGUUAUUAAAACAUCCCCACUAUUGUCGUGAUUAUAGUUUGACGACAUUACAAAGGCUGGUGGAACAAGAUGCCAAACAACGUUAUACCCUGCGAAAGAAUCCCUUGCAGGGAUACUGGGAAAUUCGUGCCAAUCAGGGACAUUCGUUGGAAGAAAUUGAAGCAGAUCAAUGUUUGCAGUUGCUCCCCAGUGCCCAAGAAGUACCAAUGGCUGUACAUGGUACCUAUUAUCGUCAUUGGAAUAGCAUAAAGUCCGGUGGCUUAAAGCGAUUUCAACGUAAUCAUAUACACUUUGCCACAAGUGAUUGCUGUUCGAAUAAUGUCAGUGGUUUUCGUUCCGAUUGUCAAAUAUUGAUUUAUUUAAAUGUGGACAAGGUGUUCCGGGAGGGCAAACUGCAACUAUAUCGUUCGGAUAAUAAUGUUAUUUUGUGUUCCGGUCUGGAAGAUGGCUCGAUACCCCCAACAUAUUUUCUGAAAGUUGUGGACCGUAAAACAGGGAGGAAUUUGGAGUUUUAA